AUGGACUUGGAAAUCGACAACCUCCUCGAGCGCUACCUAGGGCUGCUCGACGAGUACACUAAGCUACGCGAGACCCUAGCAACCACCCAGCGCUUGAUGUAUCAAAACAUUGCGCGGGCAAACUUCUCGGCCGAGAGGGGCAUGCGCUACGGACCCAAUCACUUUGACGAGCGCAUGCAGGCCGUCCGGAAGCUGCGGGUCGUGGAUGAUGGGCCCGGAUCGUCACCGCCCGGCGACGCCAGCAGCCCUCGGUUCGUCGUGUCCGAGCCCGAUUCGACUGCUCCCGCCGCUCCUGCCCCCGAGACCCCCGCCAAAGCCGGCGAUGACGACGGCAGAGCAGCAGAAGGAGCAGGCAGCGAGGGCGCGCAGCCCGACGCGGAAACGACCCGGGAAUCCACCGACGGCAAGACCGCCCCGGCUCGGCCCAAGGACCCGCUGCGGUGGUUUGGGCUGUUCACGCCGGCGCCGCUGCGGUCGGCCCAGGGCCAAGCCGUCCAGCUGGUCGAGGAGAUCGUCCCGAGGCUCGCUACCGUGGCGGCCGAGAUGGCAGCCGUCGAGAUUGAGGUGCGCAGGGCCAGGAAGAAGCGCGCCAAGGCCGCGGCGAGGGAAGCAAGGGACGAGCCCGAGGUCAGGCAGCCUGCGUCUGGUCCGGGGCUUGCCGUGGCUUGA